AUGUGCAGAGAUACAGCAUUACCCAACCAAACAACCUGCAAAAUUCUCGGUUGCAAUAAACCAAUCUUUGUUGACCAAUUCGGCAACGCACGCCCUUUUUGCUCAAAGACUUGUGCUAAUCGUCACAAUAGCAAUCUAUUUUUUUCCUCACCUCCACCUUACUCUCGUUCUUCACCACAACAAACGCGAACCUCAAACGGUCUUUGUAAGACUCAAGGAUGCAACAAACCAGUUUACGUGGAAUUGAGCGGACGAGCUCACGAAUAUUGUAGCAGAACCUGUGCACGUAAAUUUCUUUUACAACAAGAAUUUGGUGUGUUGCCGUCUCAGCUACAACAGCAUCAACAGCAGUAUCAGCAAGUGCCAUCAUUGUACGUUCAGCAGCCAUCACAACAACAGCAAUUACCGUUUUUGCCUCCUGGAUAUCAAUAUGUGAUCGCUCCAAUUCUAAGUAUCCCAGCACCAACUGGACAGAUCCCUAGUACUGGCCAAUUUGUUGGUGAUGCGGCACUUGGAGCGCAACUUAGUGCGGGACUGCAUGCUCGUGCUGCUUCUACUAAUUCUCAUAAUAAUAACCUUGCUGAAAUUGGCGGUAAUAAUAGGAGCUUCACUUUUUCUCCUAAUACGGCAGAAAACGAUGAUGGAAAGCGUCCGAUUCAUUAUAAUGCGUCAUCUUCUGGCCCUCUCCGCGAUAGUCGUGAUGGUUCUUCGUCAUCUCGCAAAGAGUCCAUGAGUACUGAUCACUCGCCGAGAGUUCAGGUUUUUAGGCCUUCUAGGGUUGCCACUGAUGACUUUGUUUUGAUCGAUGAGAAUAUGUAA